UAUUUAAGUCAUUUCUACUACUGAGUCUUGUGAAGAAUUCAAUUUCGGGUGAUAAAGGACGUCAUAAUUCUACAAAUCGUUUAGAAACGCCGUGUUCGUUAUCGGAGUAUACAAAUAAGGCUUAUUGUGAGCGAUCUAAUGAAAUGUUAACCUGUACGAAUGGCGUUACUAAUAUCUGGUUAACUAAUAUAAGAUACGAUAUAUCCCAUUUAAUGUUAUUGGAAUGGCCUGGAGAAUGUAUCAACAUGGGUCGUCUACAGAAACAUUUUCCUCAACUAAGGUCGUUGGAUAUCAGUAAUAGCACAAGUCUCAAAUAUUUCAAAGGUCAUUUUGACGCUCAAAGCAAAAUUGAGAAAAUAUCAAUACAUAACUCAACGUCACUGUGGGAGGUUCCCGCGACUGUCGUGGGAAAUAUGACGCAGCUAAGAGAAUUAGAUCUUCGGAACAACACCCUGAGGCACAUGAAAGCAAAUCUCUUACGAGGACCACCUCAGUUACAAACAGUUUAUCUUGGCGAUAACAAGUGGGACUGCAGCGAUGGUGGGCUUGAUUGGCUGGCUAUGGAGGAUAAAAAUGGUACAGUUCGGAGAAGAUUAUUAGAUUAUUAUGAACUGGUGUGUCAUCAACAGCUGUACAGAGGGAAACCACUACACAAAGUAAUGGAUAUUAUUCGGAUGGUUCGAGAAACUUGUCCGGAGCCUUGUGCAUGCGCUAUGACCCACGUGGUAUCUGAUCGUAAAGGGACAGUGAUUCCAUUAAUCACAGUCGAUUGUUCAAAGAGAAACCUAGAGAGCCCUCCAGCGUCUUUACCGCCUAGUACAACAACACUUCGGCUUGAAGGAAAUAAGUUAAGCAGUAUUCGCCAGUUGGUCCAAAAUCCUCAGUACCAGAAACUAGUAGACUUAUACCUUGACAACAACAGUAUUCAAACUGUUAAAGAACUAGAAGGAUCUGAGUGGUUUACAACUUUUAGAGUACUAAGUCUUCGGGGAAACAUGUUGAAGCAGAUACCAGUGUACGCCUUCGACAAAGCUUUUCAAGGGAACAACAAUAUAAUGCAUGUGUUUUUAGGGCAGAAUCCGUGGCGAUGCGAUUGCCACUUUAUACCGAGAUUUCAAGGGUUGCUCUUGAAGUAUAAAAGGGUGAUACGGGACUUAACAGAUAUAAGAUGUGCUAAAUCAGACGACAAAUCUAUUUCUUUUGUUCAGAUAAGUACAAUAUCACUAGGCAACGUUUGCAGGAACAAUGACAUGAAAAUGCCGAUAAGUACGAUUAAUAUAGUUAAUUUGAUCCUUUUGGCGCUUAUAACGUCAGUUAUUGGCAAAUUCUUAUACGAUUGGCACCGGUUUAGAACUACGGGGGAAUUACCUUGGAUAUCUGCAGUUAUGCCAUAAUAACAAUUGAAUAUAUAAAAUAAAUAAAACGAUACUGUCAUAAAAUAAAAAAAAUGUACAGUUUGUACAAUGUACAAUAAAGUGUUUGGGACCAACAGAACUCUUCUGUAAAAACACAUUCUAUACUCAUAGUAGAACACGAUCGUCAACAAUCAGAAAGU